GAGGCGAGGAGGAGGACGUGGACUUCGAUACGGACACCCUGCCCCUCCUGGUGCGCUCCAUGUCGACGUCGCGGAGACACAGCUGGGACGUGCCGCUGUCGCCGUUCGACCCCGGAAGGAGACUCAGCCUGGACCCCUCAGCCAUGGACAGUGACGGGGAGAGAGAGACGGACAGUCCACUGCAGCAGUCCUUCGUUUUCGCCGUGUGCCCCUGCGACUCCAUGGGAACGGUGGAGGGGGAGAGCGACCUCUCGCACUGUAAACCAGAGGAAACGGAGUCGGAGCUGGAUGUUUCCAGAAGGAACCUGUGCUCCAGGUCUGACAUCCUGGCAUCAGAGGCCAGCGCUGCACGUCUGUCCCGCGUGCUGGAGACCUCGAAGCAGGCUGCAGUGGUGGAAGGAGAGGAUCCCGGCCUGGAGAGCUUGCAGACGGAAGAGGGACAAUGCCGCAUGCUGAUGGUACAGAAAGUGCUGCGUGAGCUAAAGCAGUACCACGGAGCCAAGCAGAUGCCGCCGGAAUGCCGGAAGGAGAAGGUUCCGUCGGAGAACUUCACCUGGUAUGAAUUCCUCUGCAAGGAAAACGAUGAAGAGGAGGAGGAGGAGGACCGGACGGAGAAAGUGGAGAAGUGCAAAAAGGUGAAACGCACUCUGAGCUCUCUGAAGAAGAGGAUGGCCGGCUCCUUCGUUAAAGACACGGGUAAGAGUCGAGAGAAAGAGCCUCAGAAAGAGAAGGGGAAGGAGAGGGAGAAGGAGAGAGAGCCCAAAGACAGAUUGAAGUGGCGCAGGAAUAGUGCCUGUGGACACCAGCUGGUCCCGGGCACCUUCUCCUGCUGGGCCACCUGCUCUCUGUGCAGCAAGACCCUGCAGGGAAAAAACGGGCUGCAGUGUGUGAAUUGCGACGUGAACGUCCACAAGAACUGCAGGACCCUGCUGGCAGAGUGCAGCAACAGCAGCAACAUCAACAGGAAGAGCAAGUUGAGGAAUUCCCUGCCGAGAAACACUGGGCUAGUGCAGAGUACAGUUCAGCAGUAUAACCAAGCCUUCCGGGACCCCCGGCGAGCCUCCUCCUCCUGCCUCCCUGCCAUCGAUGGCCCCUCCAGCGCACCGCGCGGAACAGGCAUGACCAUCACCCCGCGAGCAACCAACCAGCCCGCCAACUCCGCCAGCACCAUUCGCCACAACAAAAGCUCCGGAUCCAUCGCAGGGGCGAUGGACGAACCUGACGCGAUGCGGGUUAAGCCCUCUCUGGACGACACCGUGUCACUGGCCUCCUCCACGGCCGAGUCCGUCAUCGGGGAAGACGCCCAUUAUGCCUCCCUGAAGGCUGAGCUAGAGUCUGACGCUCAGGACCUGGAGGCAGAGUCGUGGAGCCUGGCUGUGGACCAGGAGUUCAUGAAAAAGCACCCGAAAGAGGCUGUGAAGAGGCAGGACAUCAUAUACGAGCUGAUGCAGACGGAGAUGCACCACGUGCGCACGCUGAAGGUGAUGCUGGGCGUGUACGCGCACGAGAUGCGGGAGAGGCUGCAGCUGGAGGAGCGCCGGGUGGAGCGCAUCUUCCCGCAGCUGGAGAACCUUCUGGAAAACCACCGCCUCUUCCUGUCCCGCCUGAAGGAGCGCCGUCGCGAGUCCCUGCAGCCGGGCAGCGAGGGCAACUACGCCAUCCAGAGGCUGGGCGACGUGCUGUGCUCCCAGUUUUCAGGCGAGAAUGGUGACAGAAUAAAGGAAAGCUACGCUGAUUUCUGCAGUCGCCACCACGAAGCAGCCAACCAUUACAAAGAGCUGCAGCAGAACAACAAGAAGUUUCAGAGUCUGAUGCGGGGAGUCCGUAACCUGCCCAUCGUGCGGAGGCUGGGGGUGCCGGAGUGCAUUCUGCUGGUGACACAGCGUAUCACCAAGUACCCCGUCCUGGUGGAGCGGAUCCUGAACAACACUGAAGCCGGUACGGAGGAUCACGCGGACCUGGCGCGCGCCCUGGCCCUGAUCAAAGACGCCAUCACGGCGGUGGACACGCAGGUCAGCGAGAACGAGAAGCUGGCCCGGCUGACGGAGAUCGCCGCGAAGCUGGAGCCCAAGUCGCUGGGCAAGAUCAAGGACGAGCGCGUGUUCGGGCGGGAGGACCUGACACAGGGCCGCCGCAAGCUGGUCCACGAGGGCACCGUCAACUGGAAGGCCGCCUCCGGCAGACUCAAAGACAUCCAUGCAGUGCUCCUGACCGAUGUUCUUUUGCUGCUGCAAGAGAAGGAUUCAAAGUACAUUUUCUCCACUGUGGACAGCAAGCCGUCGGUGAUCUCGCUGCAGAAGCUGAUCGUGCGGGAGGUGGCCCACGAGGAGAAGGCCAUGUUCCUCAUCUGCGCCUCCUCCAACGAGCCCGAGAUGUACGAGAUCCACACCUCCUCCAAGGAGGAGCGCAACACCUGGAUGGCCCUCAUCCGGCAGGCCGCGGAGAGCUGUCCUCACACGGAGGUGCGCCCCGUCAGUGAGCAGGAGGCAGCCCGGGCGAGCAGGCUGAAGGAGUUCCAGGAGCGUCUGAGUCAGAAGGAUGCGCAGAUCGCGCAGAGCCUGACGGAGAAGCUGCAGAUGUUUGCGGACUGCGCGGAGAUGAUCCCGGGCCUGGAGGAGGCCGGCUCGCGCGCCCGCCUGCUUCUGCGCGGGGACGCCUCCGACCUCCAGCAGGGGGAGCAGCUGCUCAAGGGAGCCAUCACUGAAGUGGAGAACCUGCAGAAGCUGCUGCAGUCUGGCGUGAGAGAGACCGCUCCGCGGCCGGAGGAGACCCAGGGGCAGGGCUCAGGGCUGCUUCCCCGCCGUGCGGACACCUUCGGGGGCUACGACAGCAGCCCCUGCAGCCUCAGCAAGAACGGCAGCGUGAAGAAGACCUGCAACCGGGACGGCCGGCCCCCCCGCGAGCGCAGCCAGAGGGCCAGCUCCGACCCCCAGCUGAAGGAGCUCUGCGCUGCCGAGAGCCUGGAGCAGCCUGCCAGCGAGACCUCUCCACCAGACUGGAACCCCAUCUGGUCAAACACCUUUCCUGAAGCGGAGUUUUUCGAUCGAGUGCUGAUGCUGUCGCAGAGGCUGUACAGCCUGCAGGCGAUCAUCUCACAGCAGGACAGCCACAUCGAGCUCCAGCGGGCGUCCCUGACGGACCGCGAGCGGCCCGGCCGUCACCGCGGCGACGUGCUCCUGGAGCAGGAGAAGCAGCGGAACCUGGAGAAGCAGCGGGAGGAGCUGGCCGGCUUCCAGAAGCUGCAGGCGCAGCACCGGCAGGAGCAGGCCCGCUGGGAGCGGGAGCGCCAGCGCCAGCGGCAGCACAUGGAGGCGGCCGAGGCGCGCCUGCACGAGCGGGAGGAGGAGUGCCGGCGGCUGGAGGGCCGGCUGACCGAGGAGCGGCAGGAGCUGGAGCGCCAGCGCGAGAAGUACCAGCAGGACCUGGAGCGCCUGCGCGAGUCCACGCGCGCCGUGGAGAAGGAGAAGGGCCGCCUGGAGCAGCAGAGGUUCAAGAAGCACAAGACCAUCGCCAACCCCGGCAUGUUCGCCCUGGACCCGCAGGUGCCGCUGCCGUCCAGCUUCAACGGAGAGCUCCUAUUGGGCGGGGGCGGCGAGCUGGGCUCCAAGCCGUCCCACGCCCGGCCCGGCCUGGCGGUCGCCCCCGGCGACUACCUGGAGCGGGCGGACACCCUGCCGCGGCGGGAGAGCGGGAACGUCGCGCCCGUGAAGACCGAGGUGCCCAUCCACCUGAUCAGCACCACAAACCAGCUGCACAAGCAGGGCGCGGUCCAGCAGCAGAUCCCCACCAAGCUGGCCGCCCUCAGCAAGGGCAAGGACAAGGCCAAGGGCAAGGGCUCGCACCGCACCGAGAGCUUGGCGUCUGUGGACAUGAAGCAGAUGCUUCCGCUGAAGCUGUCUGGGAAAGAGGACGGCAGUUUACGGGCGAAGAGAUCUGUGAGUCCUCUGCAGCUCUUCCAUCCAGAUCCUGCAGUCGCUCCAGAAAAUUACCCCGACACGCUGCCCCCGUACGCCACCAGCAUACACAAACCGCCCAGCCAGAGCUCACUACAGAACACACCCCCAGCCUACACAGAGGACGCAGCCAAGGAGGACGUCAUCUUUUUCUGAACUCCACCCCUCCUCCGCAUGCAUUAUGGGGCAGAACCAGGACCAAAAGGGUGGGGCUUCUAAUAUCUAAUAAGAGACCAGAGUGAUUUGCUUCACUCCUCCCAAAAAAAGAAAAGAAGUAUCCUCGAGGUACCUAAAUAGAUGUAUUUUUAGAGUUUUUUACGACAGUUAUUUUUUCAGGAAUGUAUUUUAUUAUGUCCUAUUCUCCGAUACUGGCACCGGUUUUAAAUUCAGCCCAAAAAAAAAAACUAAAAGAUUUAAAAAUGGUACGCAAAAGAGGAAGAUGGAGAUAUUUCCUGGUGAAUUGGUGUUAUGUUCUCACUAUGAAAGGUUCACCUAAUGUUCUGGUGACUCCGAAGAUGAUUAUGGAAUGUCAGGUGGAGGGUAUAGGGAAAAGCAGGUGGUGGAAAAAGAGGAAAGAGAGAAGAGGAGAAUGGAGUGAAUAUGAAAAAGUCUACAGACUGGUCUUGUUCAGAAAAGUGACCAUAAUGAAAAGUUGACUGGAUGUUCAUUUGCCUGGAAAGGUCUGUGCUGCACAGUGUAGAUAACGUGUGGGCAUGAAGAGGAACCAAGUUUUUUUCCAGUAUUUUAGCUAGAAACGACACAGCGUCAGUUGGCUUUUAAAAACAUUUUCCCCUUCUUGGUCUUCAUGAAAGUUCCUCGUUGGUCACAACAUAGCCAAGCACGCAACUUUUUAAAUACGAACGGUCUCGCUGGCUCAAGGCCAUCUACAUGUGGCGUUCGUAGAAAGCCGCUCGGUUUUCGAGGAAACGUUCCCAGAGAAGCGCCGGCGGCGUCGUUCGUGUUUCGCAGUCAGCCUCGCCGAAGACUUUCGCCUCUUCUCACUGCGGCAGAUCUUCAAUCCGUGGCCGUAGCUGUAGAAGCCGCGCAGAAACGAAUGCUCCGCACAUAAAGUAUUUACAAUCCUCGGGGGGGUGAUGACAGGCACCAUUUCUGGCCCAAGCUUCUCAAUGUACUCUGGUCUAAAGGGCUCCUCCUGUUUUAGUUCGCUUGUGCUUUUAGAGCCAGAGAGAGUGAAAUCGGAGCUCCAGAGUAGCUUUUUAAUCAUGAAUGAACUUUGAAGUAUUGCCGAGUAUAGCGCAGCUGAAAGGCCCGUCCGACCACGGAUCUGAAAGGCUUUACUCUCUCGAACCUUGGGAGAUAUCGCCCGCUGUAAUCGCACCGGUUCUGGAUCCGCCGCGCUUCUUGUCUCUUGUCUCUCUCCUCACGGCGUGUGAAAGGUCAAAGGGUGAAACCGGAGUGUCGUAGCGUAGCCAGGCACAAGAUGGCACCUGUGCUGUUCCGAAUGCGGAUACGGAGAUGACCGGGCGACGCGACGUUAGCGCGCUACGGAGACGCUCAGAUCCGUCUCACUGAAGUGAACGCCAGUUCCCCCUGUGGAAUCACCUCUUCUGUUUGCAGAAGCGCCAAUACAGUUUUAAAUUCCAGCAAUUUCCUACUUAACCUCCUAUCAAAUUACGUUUCCACCUGGUGUACACUUUAUCUGACGGGUGUACACUUAAACCGGUAGGUGUAGACUUCACCUGCCACUUUUAGACAAACCUGCAGGUGUCCGAACUGUUCCUCUAUAGCUCCACAAGCCAUUCACCAGGAAAUAAAAAAAAGUCUUAUUUUAUUUUUGUUUCUGACGAUGCGUACAAGGGUGCAGAUGAGGAAGUAUAUUUAUGUGUAUAUAUCUGGGCGUAUGUUAUUGUACAGAAGUGAACAAAUACAUGCUCUCCUCCCCUUGAUGGUACGUGACUCAAAGGUAGCGAAGCAGGGUCAAAGUUGCCAAAGUUGAAAUCGCUGAACGCCCCAGUCGCUACGUUAACCAGCUGGAUCUCCAAGGACAUCCAUUUCCACCGCGAUUGUUUUUAAAUCCAUUUGAUGUAACAUUUCUGUGCUUUUGACCCGACUGUAUAUACUGUAUAAGUUUGAAGCUCCGAUGUAAAUGUUCAUGUGAAAAGUACAGUAGCCUAGUCCUACGUUUUUAUUGUUAUUGUUAUAAUUUUUUUGAAGUUAUGUCCAGCCUUGGCAGUGAUAAUUCUCUUAACAGAUGAGGGUUUUGCGGACAGUGGGUUGAGAGUGCGGUGGUCUUUAGGGGAUUCGUUCCUCUUGACUCCAUAUCGUGUGCCCAUAUGGACCCAAACGGGGAGGAACGGUUGCGAAUUGAGGCGAGUUCACGGGAAAACACAGAAUGCAGUGUUUUCCGCUGCGAACCGGGGAAGCCUGGCCGCUCUAAUAUGUUGUCACGGUAACGGAGGACGUCCUUGUGCGUACACUUCCGUCUCGCUCUUUAAUUUCUCUGUCCGAGUGUCGUCAGGGUUACGAAUUGGUACAUUGUAAUUGUUUUAGUGUGUAUUUUACAGGUCAUUGUAAUCAUUUUGAUAGGCUUUACUUGGUACUAGCUGUGAUUUCAUUAUGUCACCGGUCUGUUGUAAACGGCAGAUGGACGCGUUUUUAAUUUUGAUUACCAAAGAGUUGGCUUGUGACUAGUGCUUUUAUAAAAUCUUUUUCUUUUCAUUUGGUGAGGUUACGUGAAACUGCUUUCCCUUCAUGCGGCAAGAAAACAGGUUGUGCUAAAUUUUCGGAAGUGUAAAAAAAUAAUUGAAAAUGAGUUCAAUUGUCAAAAGUCUAAUGUUUUGUGUGAUGUUGACAGGAUUGUAGUUUGUGUCCUUUCUCUGUCAAUCCCUGGUCUGUAGAGCACUUUAUAUCAGAUCUUCGGUGAAGCUCUUUGACAUGAGUGACAAUCGCCUUCUCAGAGCAAGAAAUAAAUAAAUCUUUCCUGUCCACUAACUAGCCCGGCUAAAACUAAACGUUCUCACAACGUUACUGGAACGUUUUGUCAAUGUUAUACCAUUGCCACUCCAUGGCAGCGACAUUGUGAGAACGUUUCGUGUUCAGCUCGAAACGCCACCAAGGACUCAAACCGGCCACAUACUUAAUGCAUGUAGGAGAUGAGGAUGGUGAUAUGAAGGUUUUUUGUUUUUUUGUUUGUUUUUUUAGAUUAAACUUUAAAAGCAAUUACAUGUGUCGUUCUCUCACAAAACAGCUUGUGCUGUGGAUGUAAAUAGUGAAGAAUUCUGCCAAUUACACUAGUCACUUUUGGAUAGUUUUGAACUUGAAGGGGAAAUUAUUGCGUCGAUUAUGCAUUUUAUCGUUUGUAUACUUUCAACUGUCGUAUCAUGAAAUCUGUAGCAGAAAGAUGAUUUUUCUCUCGUCAAAUGCUGUUUUUUCCCACUGUGAGAGAUGGAUCCCUGUGGAUAUGGAACUACUGCCUUAGAGGAAGAAUGACCAAUUUUAGUAAUAAAAAAAAUGUAAAACA